AUAUCUUUCACGACAUCAUCGAAUGGAAGCCAAGCAAGCUCACUGUUAUUCAUGCCAACCAUCAGAAGGCCUGUGAACACGUGUUCGUCCAAGAUUAACCUUUUUCUUGGGCCUUGCAACUUCAAGGGAAACACUCAGAUUUCGUCUUUUCUUUUGUCUUUCCAUAUAUAUAAAACCAUGCACUUGCUAUCUCUUCAUUCUUGAAACCUGCUUUUAGCAUUUCGGGAACUUUUGGCUUUAUCUUUAACGUUCAGACAAAAAACUUGUUUAUUCUUGUUGCAACAACAAAUAAAUAGAGCAGGAAGAAUGGCAGGAGAUAGGAAGAUAGGGGUGGCUAUGGACUUCUCAUGUACCAGCAAGAACGCUCUUAAAUGGGCUAUAGAUAACUUGGCUGACAAAGGAGACACCCUUUACAUCAUCCACAUCAACCCCAACUCUCUUGAUGAGUCUCGCAACGUUCUCUGGGCCAAAUCUGGUUCUGAAUUUAGAGAGCCACAAAUUAUGAAGAAAUACGAUGUUAAAACUGAUAUUGAAGUUCUUGACAUGCUUGACACUGCUUCUAGACAAAAAGAGAUACAGGUUAUCACAAAACUGUACUGGGGAGCAGAUGCUAGAGAAAAAAUUCUUGAUGCUAUUGAAGAUCUAAAGCUCGACUCUAUGGUUAUGGGAAGCAGAGGACUUGGAACCGUUCAAAGGAUUAUCUUGGGGAGUGUGAGCAACUACGUUAUGACGCAUGCUCCUUGCCCUGUUACCAUCGUUAAGGAACCAUCGAGGUCCAGCAAGCACUGAUAAGUUUAUAUUUCGAAUUUGAUUUACAAAACAAUAAUGUAUGGUUUUUUCGGCUCGAUCUGCUGUUCCUUUUUGGUUGAUCAUGUUGACUAAGGACUUUGGUUGUUUCUCAAAUGUGGAACUUUGUCAUAUAUGAAUUGUUAUCAAUUUGUGUUCCUUUGGUAUUGAUUUAUGGCCCUACUAUCGAAAUCAUAUUCCUCAUGUUGAGGAAAAGCUGAU